ACACUUCACUGGCUUAAAACCCGGGCCCAGAUGACACCUAAACUGACCAGGUGGGCUGGGGCGAUUGAUCAGUUUGACUUUGAAUUGAAGCCAGUAAAGGGUACAUCGAAGACGAAGCUGGAGCUAUGGCGCCACAGGCCACGUCACCAGACUACGUCAGCAGGACACGCCAGCAAACCACAUCAGCAGGACACGUCAGCAGGCCACGUCAGCAGGCCACAUCAGCCGACAGCAGUGCCACGUCAGCAGCAGGGAAUACCAUGUCAGCAGGCCCCGGCCUGGUCUAUGCUGUUGCGUUCACAAAUAGCCGUCAUGGACCAGAGGUACGGGGAAACAGACGAGGCCUAUCAGGCCCGGAUGCUGGCCUGGAGUACCGAAACCAAGAGACGGGCGAAUGACGCAGCAACAGCAGCGAAGAAGAAGGCAGAGGAUGCCGAGCAGGCACGUCUCCUGGCAAUUGAGCAGCAGCGCCAACACGAUGAGGCAGCAGCAAAGACUGUUGAUGAAGAACGAGUUCAACGGCGGGAGAAGAUAUUUAGCAGAGAGCAAACUUUUCUCACAAUAGCAGCAGAUUGGCAGGCCGAGGCCGAGAAUGGCAAGAUGGAGGAUCGCGAAAACAAGAUCGCUCUACGUCUCUCCCAUCUCACGGACCUCCUGGCAACAUGCAUUACACAUCAGGAGGACAUCCACAGCCUCGACGACGCGCUGACUCAAGUCCACGGCCGCCUCCGGCAGCUCGAGCAGCGACCUGUCACCGCCCCUGAUGCCAGCUCUUCCAACACCUCCAAUCGCCUUGAAGCAUUGGAGAUGGACGUCGGCUCCCUCAAGGACGGCGUGCAGUUACAGCAAACCGCAACGCAACGGUUGGAGCAGCGGAUCUGUACUACCGCCAACAACUCGAGUUCGGAACCGCGCGAGACAACUCCAAAGUUUGACGGGCAGGAGAUCUUCUGCGACUCGACGAAGACAGAUCCGAUUCCAUGGUUCAAGUUCGAGCUCACGCUGCAGCUACACUACGUCAAAGAACACAAGCACCACGCGUACUUAUACUCCCGGUCGGGGGACGCGUGCCAGGCAUGGUUGGACAAUCUCUUGUCCAAGUACGGAGUGGUAGCUGCCGACUUGCAUACCAAGAUCAGCUGGGAUGAUCUGAAGGCGGCGUGGCAUAAGCGGUUCGAAGUAGAGCCGCCGGAGAUCAAGGCAAUGGACAAGCUAAUGGUCUUCGAACAAGGCACGCUGCCCAAUUUCACUAUUGCCUAUGGUGCAACAGCGAUCUCGAUGAGGUUCGUGCUGGUCUACUUAGACGAUAUUCUCGUCUAUAGUCGGACAUUGGAGGAUCAUCUUGGGCAUCUUCGAAGAGUGUUGGAGACGCUCCGCCGCGCCAAGUACAAGGCCAACCGCGACAAGUGCGAAUUUGUCCGGCAAGAGUUGGAAUACUUGGGCCAUUUUGUCACACCGGAGGGCAUCAGUUCGCUAUCGGACAAGAUUCAAGCCAUCCAAGAGUGGUCGGAGCCUCGGAACGUCACGGAUGUCCGUUCGUUCCUUGGCCUCGUCGGCUACUAUCAGCGAUUCAUCAAAGGCUACUUGAAGAUCGCGGCCCGCUUGACCAAGCUUCAAUGCGAGGAUCGGCCGUUUGACUUCGGAGAGGAGGCGCGGGAAUCAUUUUUGGCUCUCAAAGCCGCGCUAUUAUCUGCGGAGGUCUUGUGCAUAUACGACCCGCUUUUGCCUACGCGCGUCACUACGGAUGCGUCCGGCUAUGGCAUUGCCGUCCUCGAGCAACAUGAUGGUGUGGACUGGCACCCGGUCGAGUAUUUCAGCAAGAAAGUGCCCGUCGUGAAUUCCAUUGACGAUGCACGCAAGAAGGAGUUCCUCGCCUUUGUCCACGCGCUCAAGCGGUGGCGGCACUUCCUCCUUGGUCAAAGCCACUUCCGAUGGUUCGACUUCUUUCCCGAUCACAUUCCCAGGAAGUCGAACCGUUUUGCGGAUGCUCUUUCACGGCGUCCGGAUCAUUGUACCGCGGUCUACUCAACCUUCGAGAUCGACAACGACCUGCGGAACAGCUUCAUCCGCGACUACCAAGCCGACCCCGAGUUUCGCGACAAAUACGCGAAUUUCUCCUCUCCUAAUCCGGCGCCUUCUCACUACCGGAUCCAAGAGGGGUACUUGCUUGUCCAUACACGGGGGAAGGACCUUCUUUGUGCACCGAGUAAUCCUCACUUGCGUACACGGCUUCUUGGCGAAUUCCACGAUGCUCCCGCCACCGGACACUUUGGAGUCAAUCCCACGAUUGGCCGACUUCGCGAGCGAUUUUGGUGGUCCGGCCUUCUCGGCGACGUCACACGUUAUUGCAAAUCAUGCGAGGUUUGUCGACGCUGCAAAUCCCGCAACCAUCGUUCGUACGGCGAGUUACGACCAUUACCGGUCCCUUUGCGACGAAGGGAAGCGAUUGCCAUGGACAUUAUCGGCCCGUUCCCCAAGCACAAGACCGACGUGGAUGGGAUUCUCACGGUGGUCGACCGACUCACCAAGUUCACCAUGUUUUUGCCUUGCCGCGAUCAUGCCAAGGCACCGGAGUUGGUCGAGGUUCUUUACGCCGGUUGGAUUCGAACCAAGGGUUACCCCAAGGAAAUCGUCUGCGACCGCGACACUUGGUUCAUGUCCGAUUUUUGGUUGGCGCUCAUCAAGCGAUGGGGCUCAUCUCUCAAGCCCAAUUCAGCUCGCCACCCCCAGACCAAUGGCCAAACGGAGAGGGCGCACCAGACCACACAGGUUCUCCUUCGCACUCUCAUCCGUCCUGACCAGAAGGAUUGGGUUGAGCGGCUGCUGGAUGUCGAGUUGGCCUACAACUCCUCCAUCCACCCGGCUAUCGAGAUGUCGCCCUUCGAGUUCGAGCACGGCUCGCCGGUCACUUCGUCGUUGGACACCAUCACUCCACGAACGGCCGAGAGCGACGACCAUCUCCUUUUCUUGCGACAGAUGCAAGAGCUAUUUGUCAAGGCACGCGACCAGAUGGCCAAGACGCAGCAACGCAUUAGCCAACAGGCCAAUCGUCAGCGUCUUCCUUGCCCAUUCCGCGUCGGCGAUCUCGUUUGGGUCUCCCCCGUGGAAUUCAGCCUUGAACAAGAUAUCUCUCACAAGCUCCUCCCAAAAUGGAUGGGGCCUUGGCCGAUCGUGACACCCGCUGGGGAUGCGCACCCGAGGGACCUUCCUUCACUAUUCAGAUAUGGGGGCUAUCACGGGAGCAAUCCUUACUCAAAACGGAUUCGAACAGCUCCCAAUGCGCCGCAGUCAUACUGGAGUCAAGGUCCCGGCGCAUCAGAGCUGCCGUCUCCCUUGCCAACUAGUCAUCAUCCGCAUUCUACAUAUUCUGAUGGGGAGAAGCUGUCUCCGUCCAGUGACAAGGCCAGUCGAUACCAUCCAUCUCCUGCGAUGGCCCGGAACUACAGUUAUUGGAGGGACGUUGCUCCGGAUGGCUAUUAUGGGGGAACAGUCGAAGGUCUUAAGCCAUGGGAAACAAGAGAACCUCGGAGCGAUGACAGAUGGGGAACCAAGCUGUCCCCUGUCAGUGCUGGGUCAGGAGGGCUGAGCACACAGCGAACGGGGACAGGAAGCUCCGUUGUCUCACGGAAGAAGGUGCACAAGCGAGUUCGCAAGGGAGGUAAGAAAGGUGGGUGGCAGGAGGGUGGGGCGAUGGAGGACAGGAAAGGAGAGGGUCUGACGAGUGUUACAGGACAGACAGGGAGUGGCGAUGAGCAAGUACAAGUGAACACUCCUCCUUCAACAAAGGCUAGUCCACAGACAGAUCGCCAGAGGCCUUGGGCAAAGAAGGGUGCCGAUGAAAGCACAAGAAAAGGUAGUGGUUAUCCAAAAUCAUCAUCAUAUAAAACAGGCUCUGCGCAAAAGGGAAAAGCUCAUUACCCGCGUGCCAUGCCAGAUAUCGAGGCCACAACUGUGUCCACCCUCUCUGAGGAUGGUGGUGGGCUGGCAGGUGAGGUAGCAAAUCUUUCAAAGGCAGAACUGGUCCCUCAUGUGCCUGGUCUCUAUGAGGGUAUUCUCUCUCACACUGCCCCGGCAAGCCACAUCCCUGGCCCUGGCCCUGAGCCAGAGCAUGGUCCUGAGCUGUGGCCUGGACCUGGUCCUGAACCAGGACCAGCUGGCACCGAUAAUGCAUCAGGAGAGGGGCAACCAGGUACAGGCCUUUCAGAUGUGGAUGGAACUCCAAAGCACAGUGUGCCCAGUGGUGAUCUUUUAGGUAAUGACAAGUUAUCAAAAGAACUUGACUUGUCGAGUAAAGAGGAGAAGGCAUUCGCGAAAAGGACAUCCAAACGAGCAAGUGAAUUACAACACCAGAGUUCCAAACCAGAAGGUUCCAAGAGAAGCAGCAGAACUGGCAUUUCUGAGCCUGGAAUGGCAGAUGGGACAGAUCAAACUGCGAAAGAGCAGGAAAGAGAUGCUUCCAGGCCUGUUUCUGUGAAGACAGAACCAGUGGUGGGUUCUGAACAAUCACAGCAGGCAGAGGUAAGAGCAAAAACUUCAUCAAUGGCACUAAGACGGUCAAGGUUCUGGACAGAAGGAAUUUCUGACUCAGACAUUGUCAGGGGUCGCAGGCGGAGCACGCAACGACGUUCGCCGAAACUAUCUGCGCCAGAUGCUGGUGGAAUUGAAUCUAGUGUGCCGUGGGCAGGGGCGCGUGACCUCGGCAUGGCCUGGACAGGUAGGAAAUCCCCAACCCGGAAGAGCCCCGCGAAACGGUUGUCUACUGCCUCUGCAUGCCGUAGUUCCCUGAGAACGGGAGGGAGCGAUGCAAGAGUUGCAGGGACACGUGGAAGUCUUAGCGGCAAAAAGGGCACGAGGAUUUCACUGCUUGCAAAACCGGCAGCGCAAGCCACUGCACCUGCACUGAAGGAUCAGGUCACAAACUGGUUGAGGUCGGAUAUCAAACAGGACAUUAGCCCUGGGAGUCGUCCAAAGUUUGUCCUUGCCGGAGUUUCUGCUGCUCAAAAAUCCUUGACAGGAGCUCCACCCCCGCUGUCACUGAGGGAUGUGAAAAGAACUGAUGCUCAUGAGGACUCUCAGCAUACGUCACGGUCAAUUCGAAACGUUGACUCAACGAGCCUCACAGUCCACGUUGGAGUCCCCAACACCACGGUGGAGAACUCCGAGAUUGUCUCCACAAGUCAAGCUUCGGCAACCACCGCUGCCACUCCCUCGACUGCCGAUGAAACGAUAUCUAAUCCCUCUCUAGUUCACCCAGAUGGUACUGACCUGACUGGCACUAACAUGGGGAAGCAAGAGCAAAUGACAGUUCCGCCGACCCUGACCAACACUGGCCAGGAAAGUGCCCCAGUCGUGACAAGCUCUGCUCAGCAAGAUUCAGCAACAAAGGUGAAUGAAAAAGAGGGGCAUCAUGCUGAUCGACCACAGCAAGACGCUGCCGGUGCACCCAUUCAUGCAAGUGUGCAGGAGGUGUUAAAUGUAGUACCAAGUCAAAUUGCUCAAAACACCCCGGAGAGGGAUGGAGGUUUAGGUGCAGCCAUACUGGAAACGGGAUUACCUUCGGACAUGUCUCGGCGUGGCAGUGGCGAAAUCAGCCAACCAGGAAAGGUGCCACAGAAAGAAGGGAGCGAUGUGAGAAAAACAAGUGGCGUGAGGAUGAUCCCGACUUCUGCAGAGGUACUCGGUGGCAGUGACAACAAGGACAGCAGAGCCAUCGCUGGCAUCACUCAUACGGUUGAACCUCUGAUUGCACCAGCCAGUGAUCAGCUGCCUCAUGGUGAAAGUGGAUCUUCAGCUGCUCCGAUCGGUAUGACCAGUACAGCAAGGCAGGUUGAGGACAGGAAAAGAAGUCAGCUGCCGCUCCCUAUCCAAGAUAUCAGGGGUAAUGAGAUGAAAGCCAGCACCACGGGCUCUAAUACUCAACCCGGUGAAGCUGCAGUAACACGCCGUGGAGGAGAAGAUGUGAAAAAGAAGAUGAGUGGUUCUGGUGAAGCCAUAUCAUUACUUAGUGGGGUGCUAGGUGGCACUGCAGGAGUGGACUCUCAUAUGAAAGGAUCCAAUGAGCAACAGAGUUUGGACCAGAAAAGAGGUAGCAAGCAUGAGGUCACAAGCAGCCCACUGACCGGAGAGUCGCAGGCUGCCAGUGGCCAAGCAGGAGAUGAACAGAGUGCUCAGCAGACUCACCAUGCGGAGGCAAACGACGUGCGCCAUGCCAAUGGCAAACAAGUGGAAGAGAACAAGGCGCCCUCUCCCUCUGUAGGAGCAGCGCAGCCGGAGGUGAAAUAUGGGGAUCAUGCUAGCGGCAAACAAAUUGAACAGAACAAGGUGGCCUCUCACUCUUCAGAAACAGAGCCCACAGGGCCAAAAGAUGUGGACCAUGGCAAACAAAUGGAGGAGAAGAAGACAGACUCUGCCUCUUCGGGAACAGUGGGCGCAGUGGAAAGCAAGGUUGGAGUGACAGAUGUGCACAGUGGGGAAAAAGAAGCCCAGGCAGAAGAGAAAUCAAAGCAAGAAGCCUUGCCUGGCACAGCGCAAGUCAGCAUAACAGGAUUGUCCAGUACAGGUGGAUUGCAUGGUGCGUCAACACAGUCCCAAGUGGAGCACGGAGGAGGGCUACUGUCGGGUAGCAAAAGCCAUGAAUCAGGGCCACCUGUGCCAGCCUUGUUGGCUCCAGACAGCCUCUCGGAUUCUGAGAAGCAUGGCACUGAUCCAUCUGGCAGUGUUGCGGCAGGCAAUGUUGCGGCAAGCAGUGAAGCCCCUUCACAGUGACAGGUACCAGCGCAACAAGGGGCCAGUGAAGUUCCACCUGGAAUUGGAAGGUCAGCUGAUGUGCAAGGGAAAU